AUGGCAAGGACAAGGAGUAGGGACAUUCUUAGCAUUGCUGCAAACCCACAUAAAGACCACAAGAGCUGCACAGAAGUCACAACUAUCAACUGUGAUAUACCACCCAGUCCACUGGUGCUCUCAAGCUUUUUGGAUGGAUAUACAGGUGUUAUAGAAUGGAUUACAGAUAUCCCACCCAAUGUGCAUCUGAAAUUACAAGAAUAUGUAUUCCCUGAACACUUGAAAUAUGUAGAGCUGGUAACUGAUUCUCAAUCUAGCAAUGCAACUGUGAGAACUAGAAGGGCACUGGAUGUUGAGGAGCUUGAGACUGACGAGAUAGAGAACGGACGGAAUGUAAAAUUGAUAGAUGUAAACGACAAUGCUCCAGAAUUCCAACAAGCCAAUUACAGUGCUUCAGUAUCAGAGGUUGCUGGAAUUACUUCCACAGUUGUAAAAGUGGAAGCUGAGGAUAAGGACAUUUCACCAGAAUUCAGCAUCCUGACUUACAGUCUUUGGGGCCCAAACUCUGAUUACUUUUCUAUAAGGGAAGGAGAUGGAAACGUCAUGGUGAAAAAACCACUGGAUUACAACGAGGUCAGCUUUUUCAAUUUAACAGUCCAAGCAAAGGAAAAAUUUGGAGACCAGAGUGCCACUGCAUCACUAAUAAUUAAUGUGGAAGAUUAUGAUACAUUGAACCCCUAUUUCAGUCAAUCCACAUACAAUGGGAAUAUCAGUGAAAACCAGGUGGGUCCUCUGGCUGUUCUCCCAGAGGUCUUGGCUCAAGAUGGAGACAAAGGUAUAAAUGAAAAAAUAAUUUACAGCAUCAAGCUAGUGAACCCCCCAGCCUAUAAUAACAGCUUUUCAAUCAAUGAUGCUGGAGUUUUGGAAGUCAAGACCUCAAUUGACAGAGAAAUAUGUCCAAACCUAGUGGUGGGCAUUCAGGCAGCUCAGCAAGACAAGAUUUUCAAAACAGCUGAUGCAGUAGUUCUGGUUACUAUUGGAGAUGAAAAUGACAAUAGUCCAGUACUGUCACAACCAAGUUAUGAUGUCUCACUUCCAGAAAAUUUCCCAAAUGGGAUGGAAGUUCUUCAAAUAACAGCUUCUGACAAAGAUGAGGGAGGCUUCCAGGGAACCCUCAGUCUCACUCCAGAUGACAGUCCCUUCCAGCUGAGUCCAGCUGGGAUCCUAACUGUGAGGAACUCCACGCUGCUGGACAGGGAGAGAGUACCCUCCAUCCACCUACAGGAGACUGCUAGAGAUCAUUUGCCACCUCACCGAAAUGUGAGCUCUCCUAUCAACAUAGUGCUGCUGGAUGAAAAUGACAACAGCCCAGCCUUUACAGGCACACCAUAUAGACGAGACAUUUUCCUCAACAUGACUGCAGGAAUGGACAUUCUUCAGGUUGCUGCUGCUGAUCCAGAUGAUGGUAUAAAUGGAGAGAUAAGCUUCAUCUUAGCUGGUGGCAAUGAAGAUGGACACUUUGAAUUGGAUGCAUCCACAGGACAAAUCAGUUUAAAAACAGUAAUCCCAUUAGGAAUUGACCAGCGUAAGAAGUUUGUCUUGUGGAUAACAGCUACUGAUGGUGGGACCAUUCCAAGAAGUUCAUCAGUGCCAGUAGAAAUCAAUGUAUUUGGAGAUUCCAGACCACAGUUUACUCAGAAAACAUACAGUGUGUCUGUGGAAGAAGAGCUGGAUCCUCCUGUUGAAGUAGCACAAGUCAAGUAUGAGGCUUCAAAUCCCCACAUACUUGAGUUUCGAGUGCUGACGGAAUCUGCUUCAUUUGCCAUCGAUGACAAGGGAGUCAUCUCAACCCAAACCAAACUGGACUACGAAUCCCAUAAAAAUUACACUCUCAAUAUUUCCUUGUCAGAUGGAAGCACUGCUGACUAUGCCACGGUGUUUAUCAGAGUUACAGAUGUCAAUGAUAACAGCCCUGUGUUUGGUACACCCAACACCACCAUUGUCAUCAUGGAGAACACGCCAGCGGGGACCAACGUCACCAGCGUGUCGGCCACAGACGUGGAUGAAGGCUUCAACGGAUUCGUGGUUUACAGCCUGAAGGGUGGAGAAGGAAAAAUGGAUAUUGACAGUUCAGGAUUGAUUUUCCUGCAAAAGGUGCUGGACAGAGAAGAACAAGGCUUCUAUAACUUAACUGUGAUUGCCAGUGACCAAGGCCAACCCGUGCGAUCUACAGCGCUCGACCUGACCAUUGUCGUCGAUGACGAGAACGACAACCCCCCGGUGUUCUCCUCGAGCAGGUAUCAUGUGAAGGUCCCUGAAGACCAGGAGCUGGGAAGUGCCCUGCUGGCACUGUCUGCUACAGACCAGGAUGCUGGGGUCAAUGCUCUUGUAACGUACCGAAUCACUGACCAGCAACCUCAAACCCUCUCUCCGGUGUUCCUUGUCAACUCCAGCACCGGCCAGCUCAGCCUGAGCCAGCAGCUGGAUUAUGAAACCACAAAGGAAUUUGAAGUGAAAGUGCAGGCAUCAGAUGGAGGUCAGACAACAAUGAGCAAUGAAACACUCGUAGUUGUUAGUGUAGAAGAUGUCAAUGAUAACCCACCGGAAUUCAGUCAGGUAGCUUAUGAUGUAUCUGUGUUUGAAAACCAUCUGAAGGGGAGUCCUGUCUACACAUUCAGUGUUGCUGACAAGGAUGAGGUAUGGGCAGUCGAUAAUGUAACAAAUGGGCUUAAUUCAAGUGCCUUGUUCCACAUCACUGUUCUGGAUGUCAAUGAUAACAACCCUGAGUUUCAGAAUCAGCCAUACAGUUUUGAGGCUCUGGAAGGGGAAUACACAUUGAAUAAUCCCUCUAGAGUUGGACAUGUGGCUGCUACUGAUUUGGAUGAGGGAGAGAAUGCACGAAUUACUUAUUACCUGUCAGCUGAGGACGGGGAUAAUCCAUACAGCAUCCAGCAGGAUGGAACCAUUUUGGUCACUGGCUCUGUAGACCGAGAAAGUAAAGACAAGUAUGAGCUGCUCCUGCUGGCAUCUGAUAACGGAGUGCCUCAGAGGCAGAACUUCACACACGUCAGCAUCCGAGUGCUGGAUGUGAACGACAACCCCCCUCUGUUCACAAGGGCACAGUACUCAGCCAGCAUCCAUGUGGCAGCAGCAAAGGAAGGAGACUCUGUCCUGGCAGUGUCUGCCACCGACCCCGACCUUGGCAACAAUGCUGUCAUUUCAUACAGCCUCAUGAACCAUUCUGAUGAUUUCCAUAUAAAUAAUGGCACUGGAGAAAUCUCUCUCAGCAAUAACCUGGGCCACAUCACAGCCGACACAGUUGUUGCUCUGACAGUUGUUGCCACUGAUCACGGAGUUCCUCAGCUUACCUCAAGUGCCUCUGUUAUUCUCUACUUGCUGGUAAAUGACACCAGCUUUGGGCUGACUUUUGAGAGCUCCAGCUACGAGUUCAGCAUCGAGGAAGGCAAAGCCCCAGGGACUGCAGUGGGCUCUGUGAGGGCUCUGACUGGCAGCAUAGCUGUGCAGGUUGGGUACUCCCUGAAAUCCCACUGGGACAAGUUCUCCAUCGGGGACCAAGGAGACAUCGUGGCCCUGGCCCGGCUGGAUAGGGAAGGAGGAGACCUGUACAGCAUCCUUGUGGAAGCUGUGGAUUCUCUGGUGCCACCCAACACAGCUGUUGCUUUGGUAACUGUGAGAGUUGAAGACAUCAAUGACAACCCUCCAGUUUUCUCAGCAUGGAUCCAAACUCGUUUAUCAGCUCCUGAGAAUGAAGCUGGUCUAGACUUGGGCACAUUUUCUGCUAGUGAUCUGGAUAUAGGAGAUAAUGCACUUCUCAGCUACUCUCUGCAAGAUGAUUUUGCUGGAACAUUCCAUAUUAACAGUUCUACUGGCAAGCUGGUGACAAAAAAACCCUUAGACAGAGAAGUGAUGGACAGUUAUGAACUGAAAAUAAUUGCCACUGAUGCUGGCAAGCCACCACAAUCUGCAAGCCUAGUUCUGAGCAUCGCUGUGGAAGAUGUGAAUGACAACCCACCAGUGCUCCCCCAAAAAUCCUACUCUGUGACUGUGAGGGAGAACGAGCCUCCACGUGUGAUUUUGAGUGCAGUAGCCACAGAUGCAGAUAUAGGGUACAAUGCCAUCAUUCAUUACACCAUAACUGGAGAGACAACUUCAUUUCAUGUUGGAGAACUUUCUGGAGAUAUUGCAACCCUUCAGCCUCUGGACUAUGAAAGUCAAUCCCAGUACAUGUUUAUUCUGAAAGCUUUCAAUCCUGGAGAGCCACAUCUCCAGGACACAGCAAACAUUACAGUUACUGUGGAAGAUGUCAAUGAAGAAGGACCCGUGUUUGACCAGUCCUCAUAUUACAAGAUCCUCCCAGACAAUUCUACAGCUGGCACACUGGUAGCAGACAUCAAUGCAAGAGAUGAAGGCAAGGGUUAUGAUGAAGGCAUUUUCUACAGUAUUUCAGGUGGAAACUCAGAAGGCCUCUUUAGUCUUUCCAGUGCCACAGGAGAGCUCAGGUUAACAAGAGACUUAUCCACACAAGCUGUUCCCCUGUACUACUCCCUGAACGUCACCGCUACGGAUUCGGGUCUGCCGCCUCUUUCAACCUCUGUAAAGGUGUCAGUCAUGAUUGCUCCCAUGGAUGUGUCCUUCCCAGUGUUCCUGGAAGAAGCCUAUCACCCUGCCCCUCUGUCAGAGAAGAGCCCCACAGACACGUUUGUUGUGGAGGUCAGAGCCUUGUACAAGCUCCCUGUGAACUACAGCAUCACCUCUGGAGAUGAGAAGGGAUAUUUCAUUAUCCAUCCAUCCAAUGGUAUUGUAAGAACAAGUAAGAAUCUAAAAGUGGAAGACUUUCCAGUAGAUUUCAAGGUACGAGCAACAGACUCAUCUAAUGCUACCAUAUUUAAUGAAGUGGAGGUGAAGGUGGAAGUCAUUGAUGAAAACAAUUUCCCACCAGUUUUCCCAUCUUCUCUACUGGAAGAGAGAUUGCCAGAGCAUUCCCCUGCUACUCAGAUUGUGCAGCUGAAAGCUCAGGACAAUGACACAGGCAGAAAUGGUUUCCUGACAUAUGGCAUUCUCAAUGGACAAGGCCUGAAAUUCAGGAUAAAUGAAACCACUGGAAUCCUUUAUUCCACUGCCCCCUUUGAUUAUGAAGAGGAGCCCACAGAGUAUCAGGUUGUGGUGUAUGCUGAAGAUGAUGGGAUCCCUGAGAAGAAGAGGGGUUACUGCACAGUUGUGAUAAAGAUCACUGACAUUAAUGACUGGCCACCUGUGUUUGACCCAGUGCCUGACUUCAGUGUCCAUGAAAACGUGCCUGUGGGAUUCAUAGUUGGAAAAAUCACAGCAUCAGACAGAGACACAGGAGACAAUGCCUUUGUUCUGUAUCACCUUACAGGUGAGGGAGAGAAUAUAUUUGAAAUAGAUGAAAUACAGGGCAUCAUUAAGAUAAGGAACUCUCCAGACUAUGAAACCAUGAACAAAUACAACCUUACAGUGACUGCAGUCAACAAUAAAUCUGCCCCUUUCUAUCAGGCAGCCAGCCCUGUCAGUGUUGCAGUGAUUGAUGUGAAUGACAAUGCCCCAGUGUUUGCCCAGAGCUCCUAUUCUGCUUCCAUAAACAUGGUGAACCCCGUGGGCGCUCCUGUCCUCACCGUGAGCGCCACCGACCGCGACCAGGGGCAAAAUGGCCUCAUUGAGUAUUACAUCCUCCCGGAUCCCACCGUGAGCCCCUUCUUCCUGAUAGAGGAUUUGAGUGAGGGGAAGAUAAUUACAACUGGAAACCUGUCUAGGUCUGGAGAGAUGCAUUUGACAGUGAUGGCAAAGGACAAAGGUUCUCCUCCUUUAAAUGGCACUGCUGUGGUUACUCUGAGUGUGUUUGACAACCGCCCGUUCGUUCCUCGCCUCAACAAAAGUGAGAUCAGCGUUUCUGUUUUGGAAAACACUGGAGUGGAUUAUUUAAUUUAUAAUUUUGCUGUGGUUGAAACUUCAGGAAAACCGAUUGAUUACACUGUUGUAUCUGGCAAUGAAAGAGGUCACUUUAGACUGGAUCCUGAAAGUGGUGAGCUGAGAACAGCAGUUAAUUUGGACUAUGAGGAAGUUUCCCAGUAUGUGAUUUUAGUUCAAGCAAACAAAAGAGUCUCCUCCGCUGCAGAAGUCCAGCGUUCAGGGCUGUUUGCUGAGAACGCGGCCAUGCUGACGAUCUCCGUGCAGGACGUGAACGAAGAGCCCGCGUUCUCCAGCCACUCCUACUCUGCCCGCCUUCCCAGCUCUGUGCCCUACAAACACCCUGUCAUCACAGUCCAGGCCACAGAUCCAGACUCAGGAGACAAUGGACGUCUGCAGUACAGCUUAGUGGGAGGUCAAACCAACGAAUUUGACAUCAAUGAAAACACAGGGCAGAUUUUUACAGUUUCUGUAGCAGGAAAAGCUGGAACAUUUUAUCUGGAAGUGCAAGCUGCAGACCAAGGCACAAGAAGACUCACAGCCCAGACAACAGUCAGUGUAACUGUUGAUGCCAGUUCCAGCAGCAACAUUGUGACGCUGGUGCUGAAUCAGAAGAUCAGUGUUGUGGAAAGAAAGAGUGCUGAAGUACAAAGGGUCCUGGAAGAGAAACUUGGAUGGGAUGUGUAUGUGCUUAAUAUUUAUUCCAAGGAGUCUGACAGAAAUUCAAGGAGCAGCACUGAUGAAACCCAAAUAAACAUCAUUGCUUUUGAUGAGGCCCACCAGGAAGUACCUGCAGAAGAUGUAAAAAGGAAGCUGCGGGAGCAGAGGGGUGCCAUCGAGCUGGGGCUGCAGCAGGUGUUCUCGGCACCUGUCAGCGCGGCGCUCGCCGAGGCUCCGGCGGCCCCGGCACGCCCGGAGCUCACGGCUGCCAUCGUGCUCGGGGUGCUGCUCGCCGCCACCUGCAUCGCCUUCCUGGCCUACGUCCUGCUGGAUCUGAGAAGGAAAAGAAAGUGUGGGAAACAGGAUUUGGUUAAGAAAGUUGAUAUUAUGGAUGGCAUUGAUAACCCAUGGGCAGAUGACAAAAAUGGAAGUCUGAAAAGCUUAGAGAAACCAGAGCAUGUGAAUAAUGGGAGACCUGAACUGAUGUCAUUUGACAACCUGGAAGGCACCAGAGGAGAUGAUGCUGAAAAAGACGAAAUUCAGGCCCCUGAAAAAGACAAUUACCUGGAGACAGUGCUGCUGGAUUACAAGGGUGAAAGUGAGGAAAAUGGAGCACCUGAAAAAGCUGCUGAAAGUAGAAAUGUGGAGGCCCAGCCCACAGCAAGAUUCACAACAGAACAGAACUCCUUUGCAACAGACACAAACCAGAAGCCAGCUCUUUCCUUAACACCUCAUCCCACAUUGCCUACCCCUGAGAAAGAACUGAAAGGAGUAAAAUUUUCAGAGGUGGCAGUGAUUUUGGACAUAGAGCCCAGAGAUGAUGAGCCUGGAGAUGAUGAGCCUGGAGAUGAUGAGUCUGAAAACGAUGAGUUUGGUGAUGAUGUAUCUCUCUGAUA